AGCCCUCGCCCUGCCGUGGCAGAGGCGCCGGGAGAGCUCGGGGGCCCGCGUCGCUCGCACUGUUUCUCGGUCGGGUCCUCGGGGUGCUCAGGGCCAGCCCGGAAGGGUGAACAGAUGAGGGCGCCUGGUACUGUCACGAGCGCUUACCGGAGCCUCUCUGUGCCUCCUCUGGCUCCGAGGGAAGUGAUGAGCCCGCGGUCGAACCGCGGGGAGGUGGAGAGACAGGGCUGGGACCUAGGGUCCGCCUCUGGGGCCUGUCUCCCUCUUGACUUCUGUAGCUGCCCAAGUGGGCGAGGCAGAGGGGACUGCGGGUCAUGGGGUCAGUGUGCUGAGCCCCAGGGCCCCGAGCGGUGGGCCCAGAAUGAGGGAUGGAGGACCUGAGGAACGCCCACUCCCUGCGUGGAGAGUUCGAGAGUGAGCCUCUGAGAGUGGGGUUCAGUUCUAAAGAGGUGUGUCGGCCCAGUCCUUCCUCCACUGCUUCACUCUGGCCAGCGGUGCCUUCAACCUGCAGGUGGCCACCCCUGGGGGGAAGACCAUGGACUUUGUUGACGUGAAUGAGAGCAACGCCCGCUGGGUGCAGGACUUCCGCCUCAAGGCCUACGCCAGCCCCGCCAAGCUCGAGUCCAUCGACGGUGCCCGGUACCAUGCCCUCCUGAUUCCCAGCUGUCCUGGGGCCCCUGACCUGGCCAGCAGUGGGUCCCUGGCUCGGAUCCUGCAGCAUUUCCACGGCGAGAGCAAGCCUAUCUGCGCUGUGGGCCACGGCGUCGCCGCACUCUGCUGUGCCACCACCGAGGACAGGUCAUGGGUGUUCCAAGGCUACAGCGUCACGGGGCCCUCCGUGUACGAGCUCGUCAGGGCCCCCGGCUUUGCCCACCUGCCCCUCAUUGUGGAGGACUUCGUGAAGGACGCAGGCGCCUGCUUCAGUGCCAGUGAGCCUGAUGCUGUGCACGUUGUGUUGGACCGCCACCUCAUCACCGGCCAAAAUGCCAGCUCCACUGUCCCGGCCGUGCAGAACCUGCUUUUCCUCUGCGGUAGCCGGUGA